AUGCGAGUGGUCGCCCUUCUAUUAUUCGUCGGCUUGUUAGAAGCUCGACGCAUCAAGAGACUCUUCACGAAGUCUAAUCUCGAUGCUGCUCCCAGUAAUGUCCAAACCAUUUGGUACAGAGGGAUGAAGCUUGAUCACUUCACUUACAGUGACACAAGAAACUUCGAUCUUCGAAUUAUGAUUAAUACCACAUUCUAUCAACCUGGCGGACCAAUUUUCUUCUAUACGGGAAAUGAAGGAUCGCUGGAAUCUUUUGUCACAGCGACGGGAAUGAUGUUUGAUAUUGCCCCCAUUUUCCAUGCCACCAUUAUCUUUGCCGAACAUCGAUUCUAUGGUCAAACUCAGCCAUUCAAGAAAGAUUCUUACAAUAAUAUUCAAAAUAUGGGUUAUUUGACAUCCGAACAAGCGCUCGCCGAUUUUGCCGAAGUUCUUACCGAGUUCAAAAAACCAAACAACCAAUUCAAUAUUUCUUAUCCGGCCGAUGCUCCAGUUAUAUCAUUUGGCGGCUCAUACGGAGGAAUGUUGUCAGCCUGGUUCCGCAAGAAGUACCCGCACAUUGUUACUGGCGCUUGGGCUGGAUCAGCGCCAUUGAUCUACUUCCAUGAUGGACCAGUUGACGCAGGAGCAUUUGACAGCAUCACAACGCGUACCUACAUUGAUAACGGUUGCAAUCGCUAUAUUCUGCAAAAUUUUUGGCAAGCCGUUCUCAAUUUGUCAUCGACCACUGACGGUCUCGCGUGGCUCAACAACAAUACAUACUUCAAGCUCGACCCAAAAACACCAAUUCGGAAUCAAACUGACGGAUGGAAUUUGAAUAGCUACUUCAGAGAAGCCAUCGAAUACAUGGCUAUGGUUGAUUAUCCGUAUCCAACUGGAUUCCUUGAACCACUUCCAGCGUGGCCGGUGUCGGUUGCAUGCGGAUUCAUGAAUGCCACAGGAAACUCAUUCACAGACCAACAAUUGGUGGCUGCUGUUGCUCAAGCUUCAAAUGUCUAUUACAACUAUAACAACAAUACGAACUUCACAUAUUGCAUCGAUUUCUCGAUUUGUGGCGACACCGGCACCGGCGGUCUCGGUGAUGAUGCGCUUGGAUGGCCGUGGCAAGAAUGCUCGGAGAUUGUGAUGUACAUGUGCUCGCGCGGUGGAAGCAACGACUUCUUCUGGAACGAAUGCGGAACUGAUGUUCUUCAAUUGUUGCAAGAGCAAUGCGCUGGAAUUUUCGCACAGUAUAACUGGAGUACGAAUGUUUGGAAUGUGGAUGCGAUUAAGACAUUGUACGGUCUCACUCUUGACGGAGCCAGCAAUCUCAUUUUAACACAAGGCCAUUUGGACCCAUGGUCGGGAGGAGGCUUCGCCGAAAAUGCGACCGAUGUCUCAAGGGGAAUUUAUGUUAUGGAAAUUCCGGCAUCGGCGCAUCAUUUGGAUCUUCGUCAACCGAACACAUGUGAUCCAAAUACUGUGACAAACGCAAGAUAUCAAAUCAUAAAAAUUCUCAAAUGCUGGGUUGAUCCGACAUGCAUCGGUAAUCCAGAGAUCAAACCGCUUCCAUCAGUUUCGAUUCCCAAUGGUCCCUGUAAAGAUGUUGUUCAAGGUUAUCCGUGGGGAAUUUCCGAAAGCAAUGCCUCGGCCGUAUCUACUCUCCUAAUUUUGGCGUUUAUGUCAUUUUUCAAUCUUUAA